AUGCUAACCUAUAUACUAAAUUGGAUUUCUUUGCCCGUUUUGUUAAUAACGACCGCAGCGGGUCUUUUAAUCGUUUACUAUCUUGAACGACCUAAGAAUCUCGCUCCUGGACCUAUAGGUUUUCCCUUAGUAGGAUAUCUUCCUUUUCUGGGGCCCCAGCCCCAUGUUACCCUCUUUAACCUGGCCAAGAGGUAUGGAGAUAUUCUAAGUUUUACUGUUUGGGGAAAAACGUUCAUACACUUAAAUAGUUACAGUGUUAUACUCGACGCUUACUUGGAGCAUGGAGAUAUGUUUGCCGGAAGACCUCAAGAUUUUUCAUUUUUUUGGUGGCUUACUGACGGUUUGGGCAUCGUUCAAUCAGAAGGUAAAAUAUGGCAAGAACACAGGCGCUUCGCUCUCAAAACGCUCCGGGAUUUUGGGUUUGGAAAGCUAAGUCUGGAGGGCCGGGUUCUGGAGAUCGCAAAGGACAUUCUGAACGCAUUGAAGCAGACAUACGAGACUCCUUACGACAUGUCGAACUUAUUGGCUAACAGUACAACAAAUGUGAUUUGUAGCCUUAUGUUUGAUAAACAUUAUAACUAUCAAGACCCCGAGUUUUUGAAAGCUCGUUCCUUAACACAAAGGUUUUUUCUUUUAUUGCCUGGUAUUAAUGCCUUUAUUCCAAGGCCUUUUGCAAGAUACGUUCCUUGGAGUCUGCUUUCAAAAGAUUAUCGAGAUUUCGCAGCAGUGAAAAAAGAAUUUUAUGAAAUGAUGGAUGAGUUUAUUAAAGAACACCAGGAAACGUUUAAUGAAACCUGUUUGCGGGAUUACACGGACGUGUAUUUAGACACGAUGAGAAAGGCCGAUUCCAGCGAGUCCUUCUCGCUGGAACGACUGAAAGCAAUCGGUUUGAACAUGUUCCUUGCUGGUACUGAGACUACGUCCAACACCCUCUACUGGGGAAUGAAGUUAAUGACCCUCCAUCGAGAAAUACAGGACCGUGUGUAUAAAGAGAUUGUAGAAGUUGUGGGAAAGGAGAGAUUUCCUUCCAUGGUUGACCGCUACAACAUGCCUUACACAGAAGCGACGUUGAUGGAACUUCAACGGUUUGCUAAUAUUUCACCUUUAUCAAUUUUUCACUGUAAUCCAGUGGAGACAACUCUUCGCGGAUAUACAAUUCCUAAGCGAAGCGUAAUCCUGGCAAACCUUUGGAAUGUUCAUCGGGAUCCUAUACACUGGCCUAAUCCGGACAAAUUUGAUCCUUUGCGUUUCCUAGAUCAAGACGGAAAAGUCAUCAAAAGAGAAGGUUUUAUUCCCUUUAGUGUUGGUAAGUGUAUAUACAUUUCGCAGAAAAAAAAAUCAAAUCAUCAAAAAUAUCAACGUAUCGAAUAA